CCCGACCUGACUUGAGCUGACUUGCUUCCUCCCCUUCGCUCUGCGACUACUGGUAAAAUAACCCUACUAGUGAAGGUUUUGUACGUACCCUUUCCCUUGGAAUUUCCGCUUUGCUCCUCACUUUUCUUGUCCUUACCUUUCGUCUCUCUUCCUGAGGUGUCUCGACUCUCGACUCUCAUUCCCUCUCUUGCUACUCUCCACGCCGGUCUCCAUUCCUCCCCUUCCCACCUUUCCGUGCCUCCACUUUCUUUUGCUUUCAAAGCGAUCUCCUUCGCUCCCCAAAGUACAGAGUGGGAAAAAAAAGGCCUUUAAAAUAAAAUUAAAAAAAUAUACCAAGAAUUAAAUACCAGCUUCCGGGGCUUCCCAUCAAUUCCAACUCGGUGCGGUUUUACCAGUACUUCCACUCAUUUUCGGCCAACGGCGCGUAUGGUCCCGUGACCUCUCCCUCCUCGCACUCUUUCUUGCGCCCUCCAACCGCUGCUAUUUCGGGACCGGCUUCCAUCCGCUUGUGAGUCGGCACAUAGUUAUCCAGCCUUGUCGAUGGGUUGGUAAAACCACACGACAUGAAUGCCUGGCUAGCCGACGGCUCGAAUCUUCCCAGCCAUGACAAUGGUGCUUUUCACCAGGCGACCAUUGAUCCUUCAACAGCAUUUCUCCAUGCAUCCCCCACUCCCGACCCUAACCAAUUCCAACGCAUGUUCAACGGCGUGCCGCGAAAUGUCUCGCCCGGCUUCCACAACCCUAAUCAAGUGAUUCCGUCCAAACGGCCUCGACCGGAGGAUGGCAUCUCCAUGUCUCCCAGACAGGCGCCGGGCGGGAUUGCUGCGUCGCGAUCGCAAACGCCUCACCAAGUCCCUUUUCCAGGAUACCAAGGACCGGCGAACGGGACUCCGCAAUUUGCUCCGCAUCCUGCCCAGUAUCAACAUCUGCAGCAAGGAGCCACUCCAAAUGUGACUCAGUCUCCGAUUAUGCAGGACUUCGAUCAACAUGGCGUACAAAGGAUGGGGACGGCUUCUCCUAGCCCAUUUUCGCCCGCGGGUCCCCAUGUUGGCCAGCAGAUGUCGCCGUCGCAACCGGACCACCCGAGCAGGGUGAACACGCCACAGAACAAUUCGUUCAUGCCUGGUCAGCCGUUUCCUCAGGGCAUGGGCCCGCAGUUCUCGCCGGCCACGGCCAUGUCGUCCGCGGCGGUCCAAGCCCCAAUGCAAGCGCAGUUCGGUGGCAUGCCACAGGGAUACCAGCAGGCAAUGGCCGCUCAACAGCAACAGCAGCGAAUACAUGCUAUGCAAAUGCAGAACCAAGCCCGGCCGAUGAACAUGAACCCUGCGAUGGCCGGACGCCCUGUUGCCGCGGGGAUGAACGCAAUGGCAAACCCCCAGCAGAUGGCGGCCAUCAGGCAGAUGCAGCAGACCAUGUCGAAACCCCCCAAUCCUGAAGGGUUCAUGAGGUCCUUGCAGAAGUUUAUGAUGUCGCGGAAUAUGCCUCUUGACCUAAAUCCGAUUGUAUGCGGUCGUCCAAUCCAUUUGGUACAGCUUUACGCCACUGUCAUGAAAUUAGGCGGGUCCAAGAAGAUAUCGGCUACCAACAUGUGGUCCGUUAUCGCCCAACAACUCCAGUUCCCGCCGAUGCAAUUUCCAAUGGCCGUGCAAGAAAUUCGUGAUCACUACCAGCGAAAUCUUGCUGCUUACGAGCAGGCAUUUCUCAAUACCCAGCAGAAACAGUUCGCAGAUCAGAUGCAGCAGCAGACGUCACUUCCUCGUCAGCCCACUGAUCAACCAGGGAUGCAGUUCCAGUCGCCCGCUGUCAAACCCCCACAGGCGUUUGAGACUCCGCAGCAGAUGGGCCACCCCUCUCCUAGUACCGCCUCGGUAUCUAGCAGUGUACAGAACAACGCCUCAAACGGCUUCGCAACCCCGACGCCGGUCAAAGGCCCGAAACAACAGCCUCAACAUCGACUCAGCGUUUCGCGCCAGUCUCAACCGCCAGCCACGCCACAUGACCCUACUGGACAAGUACCGGCGCAGUCUCCUGCGCAAUCUGGGAAGGGCUCUAUAUCCGUGCCCGGAAAACCCGUCGAACAAUUUGAGCAAUCUUCCAAUAUGCCCUUGAAGCAACCCAUCGAGGAUCCUUUCAAGCCCAUGGUUAUAUCGGAAAAUAAUCUGCAUGGACCGAUUGCCGUGGAUGAAAUGUAUCAACUUGGGGAAGACAUCUCAAGGCUAAAACCCAAUGUUCCUUCAUUUGCCGAACUUGGUGUCAUCGAUAUCCAUGCACUCACAAUGAGUAUCAAAUCUGGAAUGCACGCGGAGAUGCGCAUGGCACUAGACACUCUGGCAUCCAUCUCUUGUGAACCGGCGAUUCAAAUUUCGUUGGACAACUGCGAUGACCUGGUCGAAAGCUUGAUCGAAUGUGCGGAAGACCAGGCUGAGUUCCUUGCUGAACAUGCGGCAGAAGUCUCAGAUAUGAUGCUCCUUCCAUCCUAUGAAGAGAUCACCCGAGGGUGCCAAUCGGAGUGGACAUCCCUGGCGGAUACUCCUGAGUUUGGAAGUCUUGAAUAUGAGCUAGAUCGAGCUGUGGAUAGACUCAUUUGCAUUACAACCAUCCUGCGCAACUUUUCAUUUACCGAGACCAAUUUUGGAAUCCUCUCAACACCUCCCGUCAUACAGUUUAUUUCUACCAUCAUCCGCUAUCUGGGAACCCGAAACAUGCUCCUGCGAACUCACCAAAAUACGUUGGACUUUAUGAAGGACACUGUGAUUUAUCUGAGUAACCUGGCCCAUACGGUUCAGUUACCGAGCAAGGAAGAAGCACUCUGCCUUCUACAUUUCCUCUUAUCCUUUGCGCCAUUUCCAGGCCCGACAUUAGGAUCGGAGGGUGUCAUGUUCACGGCUUACAACCCAUCCAUUCAUAAAUACACUCCCGCGGCAGUGGACAGUCUGGCAAAGCUACUGGCCCGAGAUGAGCCCAAUCGAACAUUUUUCAGAACGAUAUUUGUCGGUGAUGGUGGAGGAGUCUCUCAGCUGGAGCUACUCACACGGUCAUUCGCGCUUGCCAUUUGUCCAGUUCCCGACCAGCCUCGGAAGCCUCUUGCUAUAGCUGAUGCGCGCAAAGUAUUCCUCAUGCAAGGGCUCUUGGCUGCCGAUAUCCUCAGCGGAUACGCUGAUGGGACCCUUGCCAAAGCAUGGCUCGAGUCUAUCGAUGGUUUUGCCAUACAUCUGCUUCGACUGUCCUGCUUAUUAAGUACGGAACGUGUUCCUCCUCCGCAGACCAAUACGCGCCAGUCCCAUGCUGCAAGGGGACAAGCUGAAGCCGAAGCUUCCGCCUAUGGGUCGAUUAUCAACCGGGGCUUAGCUAUUCUACGGCGACUGGCCGAGAAGUCAAAACACGUUGAUACGAACUGUGCAUUACGAUUCCCGUCCGGAAUUAUCCCCAAGAAAGAAAGCUUACUUGGGGCCCUGUUGAUGCCGAAUGUAGAUCCCGGUGUUGUUCGGCAGUUAAUAACAUAUGCGCGGUUGGCGGACUGAUCAGGAAUGGUUUGGUUAUAGUUGGUUCGAUCUUUUCACAAUUUUUUUUCUCCUUUUGGUUACUUCUAGCGAAGGCGAAGACCUUACACCUCUCUCCCAAGACGCCUUGUUGACGUUUGUUUCUGUCAUGUCUUCUAUUCACAUCGAGUAAACUAUUACAUUUUUUAUUUUCUCUUCAUUUCUUGGUUUACGUGCUUUUUUUUUUUUUUUGUGUCCGGCGCCGGUGGGAAGAUUAUGAGAGGCGUGAACAUUGUGUAUCAUCGUGGUUAUCACUCCUUGUACAAUGCUCAAUACCCUCGGGUGCAAGAUCACGCAUGAUGUCUAAAUGGGUAAAUUUCAUAUCCUGAUACAUCUCUUUCUUGAUUUUCUUGGACUCUUUCGCUAUCUUGCAAUAUCUUCAUCCGCAGCUCUCGUGCAUCCAUUUGAAGACUGCUGAUAUGGUGCUCUGGGACCAACUUAUGGAGUACUUCUUCAACGGGUGAAUGGAUAGGAUAGAUUUGAUAUGAAUGAAUACAUGAAAUUGGAAUCUGGAGGAUGAAGUCUUGAAAAUGACCGCGGCGAUGGACGGGGGCCUUGUAGCAAUUACGAUUUAAUUGGAUACCUUGUUUACACACUUCGCGUACUGUCUUCGCCCAUUAAAACCAGAUCAAUUGUCGAGAUUAGCCACAGAAUUAGCACAAAAGCAACCGUGAAGUCAUUGGACAUGUACAGGAUACAGAGAGUCGCGCGACAAAAGCAGCAGAGAAGAGAUCAGAUCAGAGAGAGAAAAAAAGAGAUGCCAGAAUGCAAAAAGCCAGUCAACACCUCCCCGACAACACGAAUGAGACUGUAGAAGUAGAAAAAAGUAGCAGAACACCGGCACAAGAGAGAAAAAUAAUACACGAUAGAUGGAAAAAUGGGUGAGAAGAGAAAAAAGAAUUAUAUAAGACGGAGGUCUCAAUAGCUGGCCCCAACAGGGCCUUAUCCCCUCUUUAAACUUUGCGUUUCUCGUCCUUGGUUUUCUUAUUUCCUGCCGUCCUUUCUAAACCUUCGUGAGCAUCUUUGGCCCACUGCUGGUGUGUGAUAUUUUGGUAUGACUAUGACAUUAUGCCUCUCGAUGCUUUUCUUUUUUUUAGGGAGAUGGAAAAUCGACGGUUUGAAGGUAGUUGCGAAAGACCCAUCGGAUGGAAUUAGGAGGUCAAAUGGUCAUAGAUGGAGCCGUUCCUUUCGAUUAUGGUGUUUAGAAGUUGCGCUGCAACAGGAACUGCUGGAUUUCAGGUUUCCGCCAACCCUGUCAUACGAUCCGUUAGCCGCACGGAACGGGGUCUGAAAGAUAAGCGCUCAGGGGUGGGGGAGAGGGUGGCCGCAUACCUUGACCAGAAUGUGCCCAGUCAGACGGUUGAUGGUAACAUCGGGGCUCUGGGGAGCAUUAGGAUCGCCAGACUCGAGUCCCAAAAACUGUGCCAGGUCACUCCGCAACGCGUCCAGAUCGCCUUCGGUUUUCUGGAGCUUCGUCUGUUGCUUGGUACCGCCGGCCUUGGUGAUCAGGUAAACGGGAAGUUGGUUGGAGGGUGUGCGACGGAUGAAGUAGGGGAGGUUGGUGAGCUGCAAAUCGGCCGGCGGAGAUUUCGAAGGGGAGUUUUCUUUCAGGGACUGGGAUUGACGUCUGAAUUGUACCAGGAAGGUUCGGGAUUGUUGUGUGGGGAUGGCAGAAGGGAGGCUUCGACGAGGGGUUUCUGUAGAUGGGUCAAUAUGGGAUUCCUGUCAUGUUUCUCAUCCGGGUUUUCGCGUUCAUUCCGUGUCUUCCGUUCCGUUCCUGAGAUACGGAAUAGCAAGACGUGAUACGGGUUUUUCAAUGCAAGAUUCGAAGUAAACGGAUAGCUUCUACUUACGGGAGUUGACCAAGCUCGAGGAGGAAGAUAGAGAAGAGAAAGAGCUACAUGUCCCCGAACGCAAAAGCAUGGACUGUGAAGAGUUUUGUAGAUAGAGAGGCACAGCUGUCGACUGCUUGCGAACAGCCGACAAGACCGGACGAGACUGUAGGAAAGACGCCAUGGAUAAUCAAGAGGGUCGACCAACGAGAAUCCGGACCAGGCAAGGGAAGGGAAGAGACGGCGCGGGGGAGGAGGGGGGUUAAGAGCGAUGAGGAGAGGCCGGGCGAGAGAAAGCGACAUGGACUGACUGACUUUGAGGCUUUCCG